GCUCGUUAGAUUUGCCGUUCUUUACAAGUCCAGAUCUUACGGCGAGGUUGUUCAAUCCGCGUUGGGCAAAACCGCUAGGGUUUUGUCUGAGAUUUGUAUCAUUGUCAACAACGGUGGCGUUCUCGUUGUUUAUCUCAUUAUUAUGGGGGACGUCAUGUCUGGCUCUCUUCAUCACAUUGGGGUUUUGGAUCAAUGGUUAGGGAAUGGUUUCUGGGAUCACCGUAAAGUUUUGGUUUUGAUUGUUAUGGUCAUCUUCUUGGCUCCUCUCUGUGCUUUGAACAAGAUUGAUUCCUUGAGCGUUACAUCAGCUGCUUCUGUUGCUCUUGCUGUUGUCUUUGUGGUUGUCUGUUUUGCUGUCGCCACCAUUAAGCUCAUCGAAGGAACCAUCGACCCUCCUAGGAUGACUCCUGAUUUUGGUUCCAAAAAGGCAAUCUUGGACCUUCUUGUUGUCAUUCCCAUUAUGUCCAACGCUUACGUUUGUCACUUCAAUGUCCAGCCGAUCUAUAACGAGCUCGAAGGUCGAUCACCUCAUAAGAUGAACCGAGUUGGGAGAAUCACGACAGCCAUUUGUGUUGUCGUCUAUGCUUCAACUGCUAUAUCGGGUUAUCUCCUCUUCGGCCAGGACACCGAAUCAGACAUCUUGACCAACUUUGAUCAAGAUCUCGGUAUCCGUUUCAGCUCUGCGGUGAACUACAUUGUCAGAAUCGGCUACAUUCUACAUCUAGUACUCGUCUUCCCCGUGAUCCAUUUCUCCUUGAGAGAAACCGUCAAUACCUUACUGUUUGAAGGAUCGCCUCCUCUAUCCGAAAGCAAAAAGAGAUCAUUUGGGCUUACUGUGGUCUUGCUGGCUCUUAUUUACAUUGGCUCAACGAUGAUCCCAAAUAUAUGGACAGCUUUCAAAUUCACAGGCGCAACAUCAGCAGUUUCGCUUGGUUUUACAUUCCCUGCUCUUAUCGCAUUACGGUUAGGGAAACAGAGCAAUACAUUAAGCCUCGUUGAAAGAUCUGUGUCGUGGUUGAUGCUAAUCUUGGCCAUUGUGGUCAGCAUUGUUGGAACCCUUGGCAAUAUAUACAGCCUCAGGAGCAAAUCAGAUUGAUACUAUUAGCAAGUUUUUUUUUCCAGGAUCUUGUAGAUUUUUAUACAAAUCAAAGAUUCUCAGUCCAAUACCGAACCGGAAAUCUUCAGUUUUGCGACAGCUACAUGCAGCACCUUUAGGAUCUCUCAAUCAAUGGCGUUUGGUUCAGACUAAAGCCUAAAAGAUUUUCGGUUUGUGAAUUCUAUGUAUACGAACCAGAUUCUUAUGAUAUAUUAUUAUAUGUAUACGCAUUUUUUCUGUU